GAAAAAAAUAGGGAAAUGUCUGCUGCCAUGAUAGAAAAAUAUGACAAGUAUUGGGCUGAUAUACAUGGUCUUAUGGCUGUUGCUGUCAUUCUUGAUCCACGUCUUAAGAUGACAAUGCUACAUGCUUGCUAUAUUGCCCUUUUUGGUGAAGAAAAUGCUGAAAUUUAUGUGGAAGAGGCUCAUGAAUUGCUAUCUGAUUUGAUGAAACACUACCAAGUUAAAGAACAUGACUAUGUGGGUACAUCAUCUAGUGGUGCUAGUUCUUCAGUUGAUGCAGCAGCUGUGUUAUCAAUUUUUAAAACUCUUGCUACAAAUAAGAAGACUAAUAGCUAUGUUCGAAGUAAGAAUGAGCUAGAUCGCUAUUUGGAUGAAGAAACCCUUCCUCAUGAUGAUAAUUAUUUUGAUAUCCUUGGUUGGUGGAAGUUGGAGGGAACCCGUUAUCCCACUUUGAGGCAAAUUACUCGGGACAUCCUAGCUAUUCCAAUCACAACAGUAGCUUCUGAAUCAGCUUUUAGCACUAGUGGAAGGGUUUUGAGUGAGCAUCGCAGCCGUCUUACUCCUAAGAUAUUGGAAGCUUUGAUGUGUGGGCAAAGUUGGCUUCGUCACACUCUCAAAGAUGAUGGUGAUAGGGCCAAUAGCUUCUGGUCAUGCCUUGAAGACAUUCAAGAAGAAAUGAAGGCAGAUUCUUGCAUCAAUAGUGCUGAUUCCGACUGA